UGAAGACAUGGCAACCUUGAUUCAAAGUUCAAGACAAGGACAAUUAUGGCGGUGCAAACUCAGGAGCUUGUUUCAGCCAAAUGGCUUGCAGAUGCGAUAAAGAGCAACCUUAUUGGACCGAAUCUUCGAAUUCUGGAUACAUCCUGGCAUGUACCGAUAUUGAAACGCGAUGCAAAUGCGGAAUUUAACCAACAGCACAUACCUGGAACUUCGUUCUUUGAUAUUGACAAAUGCUCUGACAAAACUUCCUCGAUGGACCAUAUGCUCCCAACUGCAAACUACUUUGCAGAGUAUGUGGGGGGUUUAGGUAUAGGAAACGAUACACAUGUAGUAGUGUACGAUACCAGCGAUUUUGGGUCAUUCAGCGCACCCCGAGUGUGGUGGAUGUUCCGAUUAUUUGGGCACAAUUCUGUAUCGGUCCUGGACGGGGGUAUGAAGAAUUGGCUGGCCGAGGGGCAUCCUGUCACUGCAGAAUACACCAAGCCAGAACGUGCGGACUUCAAGGCGACCGCCAAUCAAUCAUGGGUCAAGUCAUAUGAUGAUGUGCUGAAAAACAUCGAGACCAAACAGGUGCAAGUUAUUGACACAAGACCCGCCGGCAUGUUCCGGGGAACUGAACCAGAACUAAGAGAUGACAUUGAACCUGGCCACAUUCCUGGUACUAUCAACAUGCCUUUUACCAAGUUCAUGGAUGCCUCAGGCAAGGAGUUGGAGCUUGAAGUGCUGGCAAAAAUGUUCCGAGAGGCAGGGGUGGACUUGGAGAAACCUUUCUGGGUAACCUGUGGGUCAGGGGUCACUGCAUGCCACGUGGUUCUGGCUGCUCACCUGCUGGGACAUUCAGGGUCAGUGUCUGUGUAUGACGGGUCAUGGUAUGAAUGGUUCAAAAGGGCUGCACCGGAGCAUGUCAUCUCUGAGGGCAAGGGGAAGCAAGUGUGAUGAGGAGAGACGAGUAGAGAUGAGCAUUAAGGAAAAUACUGUUGAAUGAGUUGCUGAUUAAAAGCAGGGAGGAGACACUAUGAAUCACAACAGAAGCUACAGAUUGCACAAAAUAUGGAGUAUUUUACUGAUUUUGACUGAAGAUUUUUGCUGAGUUGGAUGAAUGUGUCAUUGCGAAAGAGGUCACCGUUCAAGAGUCAAUGAAUACAGUAUGCCUAUGUUUAUAUUCAAGAUGUCCAAUAAAGGUGUUACAAACUA